AUGGAGGCAACGCGAGUGGAAAUCCACGCCUCACCUCACGCGGGCACCCAGAGUUCUAUCCCCGACUUCCCUACGAAGGAUGGCGCCGAGGCCGAAGCGUUUCAAGUUCAUCCGGAUACGCAGACGAGGCCGGACGACGACGACGCCUACCUAGCCAAGUCGUGGCCCCGCCGAAAGAAAUUGACGGCGACAUUUAUCCUGUCCGCAUUCGCCUUCUUACAGCCGCUCUCGGAGACGAUGCUGGCGCCAGCGCGGGACCAGAUCACGAGCGCCCUACACGUCUCGCAGCCCUACGAGUGGUUGUUGGUUAACUCCUUGAUCCUUAUCGGGGUCGGGCUGGCGCCGCUGCUCCUCGCGCCGCUCUCCGAGGUCUACGGCCACAAGCCCGUGCUGGUGACAGGAAGCGCCGUCUUCGUCGUGUGGAAUACGGGCUGCGGCGCGGCCACUACGCUGGGCCAGAUGCUGGCCUUCCGGCUGCUCUCCGGAUUCGGCGCCUGCGUCGCUGACGCCCUCGCCGGCGGCUUCAUGAGCGAUCUCUGGGCUGCCGAGGAGAGGGGCCGCACCUUCGCGCUGUUCAUGGCCGCCCCGCUCCUCGGCCCCGCCCUGGGGCCCAUCUGCGGCGCCUUCAUAUCACAGGGGACAACCUGGCGCUGGAUCUUCUUCGUCACGUCAAUCGCCUCGGCUAUCGUCAUUAUCGUGGCUGUCGUCUUCCUACGUGAGACCUACGAGCCGAGGAUCCGGGCACUGCUUCACCGGAAGAGGGCGCCCGAACCCGGCUCGGAGAAGGAGAAGGAGCCGUACGCGCAGAAGGUAACGGGUUUCCUGUCGCUCAUGCAUACACAUCUCCAACGCCCGUUCCGCAUGCUCGGCACGCAGAUCAUCGUGCAGCUCUUAGCCGGGUACAUGGCUCUCCUGUACGGCACCAUGUUCCUGUUUCUCUUCAUGUACCCGCUCAUGUGGACGGGGCAAUACGGCCAAAGCGUUGAGAUCGGCAGCUUGAAUUACAUUUCCUUCGCGGCCGGGCUGAUCCUCGGCGCCGGCUUUGCCGGCCACCUCAACGACCACAUCUAUCGCCGACUCAAGGCACGCAACAACGGGGUCGGACGCCCCGAGUUUCGCAUCCCCACCAUGAUUCUCGGGACCGCGCUCGUCCCGGCCGGGCUGCUCUGGUGGGGGUGGUCGGGCGAGGCCAGGCUGCACUGGAUCAUGCCGAACAUUGGGAGCUUGAUGUUCGCGAUGGGGGUCUACAUGUGCUCCGCCUGCGUUUCUGUCUACACAAUCGACACCUACACGCAAUACGCAGCAUCCGCCAUCUCGACGAACCUCGUCCUACGAAGCAUCACCGCCGCGUUCUUCCCUCUAUUCGCGCCCUACAUGUUUGACGCUUUGGGCUUCGGGCUCGGGGCCACGGCUCUAGCAGGCAGCUCUGCGGUAUUUGGGACAGCGGUCGUAUCCGCCCUUUGGUUUUGGGGGGGAAGGCUUAGAGCUAGAAGCCCUUAUUGCGCUGCGAGCGAUGCAUGAAAGCGAAUAACAGGACAAAGGAUUAUCGUGCCGCCUCCAAAGUGAUACCUAGUCGCCCAGUUUUGAUGAUCGAUCAUUUCAAUAUUAGGUUCCGCGGCGAGAAAUAUGUCUAAAAAGACUUGGUAAAUAGGCUCCUAGUCUAUAGAUAUCCAGUAUUGAUAUAAUCCCCCCCAACUAGCUCGCUAUGGAUUCUCGCAAGCUACGUAGUCAGGCACAUAUAAACCCUUCGGCGCCCUCCCGAUACCCUGUUUCUAGGAUUAUGGCUCUCAUUUCUCUCCAGCAGAUAGUUCUGCUGUGUCUCGCAAGGCACAAUAACCCCAGUUCUUUGUGUAUCGUCUACAUAGUGUCAAAGAACUGGACCACUCGGCCGCACUCGCGUCUGACUAGGACAAAGGAGGCUGCGGGUGCGACUGGGGAUAAAGUAACUGUUCCAGACAAGCCGGCCUGAUCCUAUAUAGGACAUGCUGAAUCCUCAAUGGGCUUCGUUCCAGAACAGCAGGUUUUUAAAUACGCUCAAUAGCUCUGGA